AUGUGACGUAGUCUAGUCACAUAUCGCAGUACACGUGUACCAAGUUUACUUACUCUUCGUGUUUAGAACCAGCUAGCUGUCUACGUCUAUUAACAAAUAUCCCUAGUGUCCUGGAGCAGAUAAAACCAUGGCUAAGUGUGUCAGCAAGCAGAAGAAUUACAUCAACCUGAAAACUAAACAAUGGGAAACAUACUAGAGGCACUAAAUGGAGCUCUUAAAACUGUCUUGUAUAGUGGAUUUUUCAAUACCCAAGCCAAGAUCCUGAUGCUGGGCCUGGAUGCAGCUGGCAAGACCACAGUGCUGUACAAGCUCAAAGUCAACGAAGUCGUCAGCACCAUCCCCACUCUUGGUUUUAACGUAGAAACAGUCAAGCAUGGAAACAAUGUCAGCUUUACAGUCUGGGACAUAGGUGGCCAAAAAGUUAUUCGAAAGCUCUGGAAACAUUAUUUCGUUGGCACAGGGGGACUAGUAUUCGUGGUUGAUUCAGUCGAUAAAUCUCGAUUUGGUGAAGCAAAGGAAGAGCUUGAAUGGAUUCUGGAUAGUGAUGAGAUGGCUGGUGUUCCAGUGGUGAUCAUGGCCAACAAGCAAGACAUGCCCAACGCAUGCUCCACAAGUGACGUGGCUGAGAAGCUAGGAUUGAACCAGGUACGAGACAGGAAGUGGUACGUCCACGGGACCAGUGCUCUGAGCGGAGAGGGCGUGCUCGAGAGUGUCACAGAACUCAGUAAAUUAGUCAAAGAAUUUCAACGUACUGUGAUGUAAUCACUAGAAUCAAUUCCUCAUUUUUAAUACAUUGUCCUCUUUACUAUAAUUAUAAUAAUUAUAUGUCCAUUG